GGGAAAGGGCGUGCAUGAGACAAGUGAAGUUGAUGCAGCUCGGGAAGUUCGUCGGGAAGAGUGUGGCGCAAACUGUGGCGGACUGCUUCACACCACCUGCAAGUCCACAUGCAUCUUUCUCCAUCUACAUCACCCUAGACCGAAACGAUAUACGCAAUACGCACUUGCAUGAUGGCUCAUGAAGGCCGCACUCUUCGAGAGAUCUACGAUGAAGCCGGGGCGAAGAGGGAUCUGGUGAAUCACUCGUUCGACAGCAAUUCGCCUGCCUUCCAGCAGAACGUCCUCUCCGCCGUGGAACUCUACGAACGAUGCCUCGACCUGGCGAAUCGGCUGUCCCUAUUCAGUCCGAACGAGUCUCUGGACGACAUCAGCUCUGCGGACUUGCAGUAUCUCUUAUUGGACUAUUGGCUGGCGGAAGUGGUGUUACGCAUCAAUGAUCGCAAUCGGCGUGUGAAUCUCCUGCGCGCCCAGAGCAGUCAUGAAAGCUACCUCAAGCAGCUGGACAACUACGACAUGCUUUCGAAAGGCGAUGCAUCGCUUCUCCAACAGUACUAUGACGCGCCAACCACAUUCUCCACUGCGUCCACCGCCGAUGCUGCAGCCCGCAGAGAUACCAAGAUCAGACGUUUCAAGGAAGAAAAGGCCUUGAAACAAAGAUUGGACUAUCUAGAGAGCAACAAAAGGACCCUCUCCACGGAUGACGGCGCAUAUCGAGAGCUGCAGCUUGCGAACAUUGCCUACUGCACGCAUCAAGCCUUCCAAUCCUUGGAAUCCAUUGCCCAAGAGCUGCAGAUUCUCGCCCUGGCCCCCUCUUCGCCUCCGGCGCCGCCAUCGAGCGAAGACGCACGGGAGCGGAAUGGUAGAGGUGCCGACGGAUAUAGUGAGCGACUGGACUCGAGCAUCCCUCAGCUGUCAGCAGGUCUGCGGGGCCCACUUCUAGACAACAAAGGUAAACCGCUUCGUCCGUUCACAUUGACCUCGAAGCGUCAAGAAUUUCGGAACGGCGUGUUCAGACCUGAUCACAGUCUGCCGACAAUGAGCAUCGAUGAGUAUUUGGAGGAGGAGAGGAGACGUGGUGGGAUGAUCGAUGGGGGCGGCCCGCAAAGCCAGGUGCGGCCACAGGUCGAUGAGGAUGAUGUGGAUGCUGCGGAUCGAGAAACGAUGAAAGCGAGAGAGUGGGAUGAGUUUGUUGAGGCCAAUCCUCGCGGCAGCGGCAACACAAUCAACCGCGGAUGACGACUUCGUGAAGGAUACUCAGGCCGUAGAACAAGGCCAGCUCAUGACCCGCGUGCAGUAGCAUUGCUCCAAUUCAUGCUGAUGACAUGUACGCUACCAUGGGCCAAGUUGAGCACACGACUUGCAAGUCCAGUGUGUAACGUGGUAGCCAAAAUAACAGCGGGCGUAUAGGCACACUUGACACUCAGAAACUGGUAUCUAUGCAUUCCACGUUGCACACCGCUGAUGCCCGGCAAC